GGGGCCGCUCGGACAGAUGCUUCGGGUAGAGCCCCGGCGCUGCGCAUGCGUGCGGUUCCGCUGGCGUUUCCCUCCCCUCGGCUCUGCCUUCUGCAACCUGAAGUGGCUGCGGGCGCCUCCCGACCAUGGCACCUUGGCUGAAGUUUUGCUCCUUCUUCUUCUCUCUGACGGCCUGCUUGGACGGACCGCGGCUUGCCGUCUCCGCCGGAGGGACCGGCGCAGGAGGAGGAGGAGGCGGCGGCGGCGGCAGGAAAGGGCCAGCGGGCGAUGCUUGUGGCUGGAGGGGAUUAUCACCAAUUGGAAAGAACACAGGUCUGUUUAAUAUCACCUUUAAGUAUGACAAUUGCACCCCUUAUUUGAAUUCAGUGGGAAAACAUGUGAUUGGUGAUGUACAGAAUAUCACUAUUAGCCAGUAUGCGUGCUCUGAUCAAGUUGCAGUGACAAUACUGUGGACCGCAAAUCUCAUCGGUAUUGAAUUUCUGAAGGGAUUUCGAGUGAUUCUUGAAGAAUUAAAAUCAGAAGGAAGACAGUGUCAACAAUUGGUGUUAAAAGACCCAAAGCAGCUGAAUACAAGUUAUAAGUGGACUGGAGUAGAAUCACAAUCUUUUCUAAAUCUGAAGUUUGAAACGGACUACUUUGUCAAAGUUGUCCCCUUUCCAUCAAUUAAGAAUGAAAGUAAUUACCAUCCCUUUUUCUUCAGAACUCGGCCUUGUGAAUUGCUGUUACAACCAGAAAACCUAGCCUGCAAACCUUUUUGGAAGCCAAGGAAUCUGAAUGUUACACAGCAGGGAUUUAACAUGCAUGUAUCUUUUGACCAUGCGCCACACAAUUUUGGAUUUAAAUAUUAUUAUCUGCAUUACAAACUGAAAAAUGAAGGACACUUCAAACAAAAGACUUGCAAACAGGAAAAAAAUACAGAUGUCACAAGCUGUAUUCUUCAGAAUGUCUCACCAGGAGAUUAUAUAAUUGAGCUGGUUGACGAUACCAAUACAACAAGGAAAACAAUGCACUACGCAUUAAAACCAGUGCAUUCCCCAUGGGCAGGGCCAAUAAGGGCAAUAGCCAUUACUGUUCCCUUGGUUGUCAUCUCAGCGUUUGCAACACUUUUUACCGUGAUGUGUCGCAAGAAACAACAAGAAAAUAUCUAUUCCCAUUUAGAUGAGGAGAGUUCAGAGUCUUCAACCUACUCUUCGGCUCUCCAUGUGGAAAGGCAAAGGCCUCGCCCCAAAGUGUUCAUCUGCUAUUCCAAUAAAGACUGUCAGAAGCACAUUAAUGUCAUCCAGUGCUUUGCUUAUUUUCUUCAGGACUUCUGUGGCUGUGAGGUUUCUUUAGAUUUAUGGGAAGAUCUGAGGAUUUCUAAAGAAGGCCAGAAAGAGUGGCUUCAUCGAAAAAUCAAUGAAUCCCACUAUGUCAUCAUUGUGUGUUCCAAGGGAAUGAAAUACUUUGUGGAAAAAAAGAACUGGAAGCACAAAGGAUCCCGGGAAAAGGAAACUGGGAAAGGAGAACUCUUUUUGCUUGCUGUAUCUACAAUCACAGAGAAGCUGCGCCAUGCAAAACUCAAUCCACAUGAUCUCUGCAAGUUCAUUGCUGUCUAUUUUGAUUACUCCUGCGAGGGUGACAUUCCCGGUAUUCUUGAAUUGACUGCAAAGUACAAGCUCAUGGAUAACCUGCCUCAGCUUUAUUCGCAUUUGCAUUCCAGAGAUAUUAGCCUUCAUGAUUCUGAGUUGUAUCCUGUGCACAUUAGCAAAAGAAAUUAUUUCAGAAACAAAUCGGGACGAUCCCUUUAUGUAGCUAUUUGCAACAUGCACCAAUACAUUGACCAGGAACCUGACUGGUUUGAAAAGCAAUUUGUUUCCUUUCUCCCAGCUCCUAUACAUUACCAAGAGCCUGUGAUGGCAAAAUUUGAUUCUGGAUUGGUAUUGAAUGACUUAAUCAGUAAACAGGUGACCGAUGGAGACUUCUACCUAAGAACUGAUGCAAAUAUUAUUCCACCUUUAAAUUCAGACUCUCAUUGUAUGAUGCAACAUUUGAAUCUUAGCGAGGACAGAGAACCUCAGGACAUGCAAAAUGGCAGCUUGAUUCUUCCACCAUUGCUACAGGUUGUAAAAGCUGCCAAUCUCCCAGAUAUGCCUCGGGAUUCUGGAAUUUACGACUCUUCUGUUCCUUCAUCUGAGUUAUCCUUGCCUUUAAUGGAAGGCCUCUUAGCAGACCAAACUGAAACCUCUUCCAUUACAGAAAGUGUCUCCUCUUCGUCUGGAUUGGGAGAAGAGGAACCGCCUUUGCUUGCUGAUACCAAAUCCCUAAUGUCUGGAAUGUGUAAAGCAGAACUUAAUUGCCGUAUCCAUACUGAAGAACUGCAGGCAGUUGCACCUUUAUAACACACUGCAAGAUUGUUACGCAUUGCCACUUUAUCAAUAGCCUCUGUGUAUGCAUCAUCACAGCCACUCGACUUACUUGAAAGGAAAAUAAUACUUUCCUGGAGGAGUAUCUUUUGCUUCUUGGGGAGUUUAUGGCCAGUAUGUUUUUAUAUUUUCUUCUCUUUUUUUCAAUAAAAGAUAUUCUUUUAUAGUCAAGAUUUUAUUACACUUCAGAUUUUAAAAAUGAAUUUUUACAACCAUAUUGGAUUUAGUGAUGAAGUUAUUUUUUACGGAAAUUAAAAUUCAGUUCCUUUCUAAUAUGGAAUGUAUAUUUUGAAAAAGUACAAAGGACACAAGAAAUACCAGAUACCACUAAAGCAUUACGUUAAAGCUACAUGAACAAGUUCAGGUUCACAUACUCCCAUACUUGUUUUUCCUCCAGUAUGAUUGGGAAGACAGUUUUGGAACCACAUACUUUCAGAUUUUCUUAACUGCAGCUUCCCAUUUUGGUUUGAGGGAAUCAUGAUUAACAAAUAACUAUGAUUAGUUCAAUCACAUCAGUUGAAUAAACUAUAGUUUGAUUAUGUCUUAUUUUGAAAAUGGCCACAAUUAAUGUUAACACUAGACUGAGCCAUGGCCUAAGCAGGGGGGCACACCUAAAAUGCAGUGGACUAGUGAAUGGGAGGAGCACCCCCUUGUCAAAACAUAGAUUUCUAGUAGUUAACCGUUAAUUGCUUUUCAGAAGCCAUAGUUAGUUAAAAUCAAAAGCUUCUACAAUCCUCUUUCCAGGGAGCAAGGGAGAAUAGGGGUAUAGCUAUAAAAAUAAUAAUUGGAAAAAAAAGCACAAGAGGAGGCAGUCAUGUAGUGCUGAACAAAGUAAGUAGCCAAAAAUAUGUGGCUUUUUGAUUCAGUGUAUUAUAUAGAAUUGCUUCUAGUUCUAAAUGCUAAAGUAAUUGCUCUUGAAAAUACGAUAGGUGUACAGUAGGAUCUGCAGAG